AUGGCUUUCGAAUUCUGGAAUAAUACUCGAUUAUUUAUUCUACUUCUAUCAUUAUGGUGUCUAACUCUAACUCAAAUUAAUUCUCAAAUUUUUACAUUUACUGUAAUUUGUAUGGAUGAUAUAAAAGUGAAUUAUACCGGAGAAAAUCAACAUUGGAUUGACAGUAAUUCGGAUAAAAAUAUAUUAUUCAGUGCAACUGCAGUUGGUGCAAUUAUUGGAAUAAUACCAGCUGUUCCACUUUUACAUAACUAUGGAGUUCGAAGGAUUUUAACUCUUUGCGGGUUAUUCUCCUCAAUUGGAACUAUUUUAUUCCCACUUUCUGUUGAUUAUACUGGAUAUUUCGGAGUUAUGAUUUGUCGAGUUUUACAAGGAUUCGGAAUCAGUAUUAUUUUAACGUUAGUCGGUGUCAUUCCACGAUCCUGGUCUCCAGAAGAAGAAGCCAGCACAUAUUUGGCAAUCUUAUCUUGCGCAUUUCAGGUGAGAAAACUCAUAUGGUUUUUUGAGUCCUGAUCAUAUACAUUUUUAGAUAAGUAACAUUGUUUUUAUGCCAGUUUCUGGAUAUUUAUGCGAUUCAUCUUUGGGAUGGAGAUCAAUUUAUUAUUUAUUCGGAUUUUUGACAUUUUUCUGUUUUGUUCUUUUCUACUUCUUCUACACGGAUCUUCCAAAGUUACACAAGUUAGUCAAACGAACCAUUUCUAAGGAAUUUCUAAGUCUUCAAGUCCAAAAAAUCCCAUUUUUAGAAAUGUCUCAAUCAAAGAGCUGCAACAAAUCGAAACUGGCAAAAAAGAAGUUGUCAAAGAAAAAGUUCCAUAUUUUGCGAUUUGCACAGAUCCAUGUGUUAUAUUUGCUUGGUUAUCUUUCCUUGGUGGAAAUCUUGGAUUUAUCACUCUUUUGUUGUAUGGACCAACUUACCUUCGAGAAGUGUUACAUUUCGAUGUGAAAAGUACUGGUUUCGUCAAUGCUCUUCCCUAUAUUCUCUGCACUAUUUUCAAGUUCUCCGUGGGAAAAUUAUCGGAUAAAAUUAGUGGAAUCUCGGAAAAGGUUAGCUUUGAGUAACUCUACUGAAUCUCAGCACAACAAAUCUCAAUUAAUAUUUUCUAGACUCGAUUCACAUGGUGGUUGGUUUCUUCAAUAAUCGGACUUGCUGCUGGAUAUCUUGUGAUGGCUUGGACUGAUGAUAGAUUGAUUGCACAAAUUGCAUUCACGUUUGCAAUAGUUGCUUCUGGAUUAAUUAUAAUGGCAACAAUUCGAUGUCUUCAACUUCGAACUCUUCAACAUUGUCAUUUUGCAGUUUCAGCUAUUUCAUUCUUAUCUUAUAUUGUUCAAUUCAUUUCUCCAAUUGGUGUUGCAAUUAUCUGUCCAGAUAAUACAUCAGAACAAUGGUCGAAACUAUUUGUUAUUAUUGUUGGUAUCAUGAUUGUUACAAAUAUUCCAUUCCCAUUUUUGACGACUGAAAAUGCGGCUGAAUAUACGAAAAAUAAGAUGAAGGAAGAGGAAAAGGAUAAGACUGUGAUUGAGAAAUUUUGA